AUGCCUACAGUUUGGUUUUCUUUGAAAAGAUCUUUGCAUUGCAAAUCAGAGCCAUCAGAUGUUCACGAUCCAAAGGCCAGGAAACACUUGAGCACAAUCUUGACAAGAAAAGCAGGCAGGUCUGGUUGUUCAAGGUCUAUUGCAAAUCUUAAAGAUGUCAUUCAUGGAAGCAAGAGACACUUAGAAAGGCCUCCAAGUUGUAGUCCAAGAUCUAUAGGGAGCAGUGAAUUCCUCAACCCCAUAACCCAUGAAGUGAUUCUGAGUAACUCAAGGUGUGAGCUCAAAAUCACUGGCUUCGGUGGGUUCCAUGAAGGUGGUGUAGUGGAGAUGGUGGUGGUGGCGGCUCAACAUUUUUGGGUACUUUGA